AAAAAACCAAAAAGACAUAACAAAAGAAAACCAAAUCCAAUCGAUCCCUUAUCUGUAACUGAAUCUUUAGGUUACCAAACUUAUAGAAGAGAAUCAAGAAAACCUUGGACAAAAGAAGAAGACAGUAAAUUAAAACUACUACUGAAUGGCGAACUUUAUGGAAAUGUGAUAUUAACUGACUCUCUUCCCGCUAAAUCUUCCUACAACGACCUCAUAACUUGGGACGCAAUAUCAAAAGAAUUACCCAACAGAAAACCAAAAGAUUGCCGCAAACGUUGGUCAAACUCUCUAGACCCAAAUCUAAGAAAGGGCAAAUGGACUCCAGAGGAAGACAUGCUUCUACUAAGGGCUUACGAAAGACAUGGCGCUUCAUGGCAAAAGGUAUCCCUAGAAAUCAAAGGCAGAACUGACGACCAAUGUGCUAAAAGAUACAUCGAGGUCCUUGAUCCCUCCAUCACCAAAGACCGUUUAAGAGCUUGGCCAAUCGAUGAAGAUUUACUCCUAAUCAAAAAAGUUAAAAAAUAUGGC